CUGGGCUACUAAAGCUUCUGAACAAUUGGCUGAGAUACUAGAAUGAUCUCGUCGUCACAACUUUGGAUAAUAAAGGUGCAACCACACCUGAAGACAAUACUCACACUACUGUGUGCGCCACAGAUAUAAAGAUAGAGAUGUUCUCGGUGUCGCUACCUAACUCAACGCUACGCCCUCUAAAUCGCCAUAGCCAAACACUAUCAACAAACACAUCCUUUCAAUGACUUGGUCUUCAUUCAAUGAAGCUACCGAAGCACACAAUUCGACGUGCGAUUUUCCUUUCCUUGACACCGAGCCCACAAUCUACUUUGGCAGCUCCAAUUCGCAAGAAUCCCUGUUGAACUCCGACAGAUCCAGAAACUGGAGCUCUGAAGUAGUUGACAGUCCGGAGGUUCUUCCUUCUCUGAUACCUUCCAAUAUGGAUGAUGACAAUUACGAUAUCCCGCCUCCGGGGCUCGAUGACGAGCGGCCACCCCACGUUCCGACGAAAGGGCCGCCUCGUUUACCGACCAAGGACUUUGGAGUAUCUCGGCGACACAUGUCUAAAGCACCCUCUCCUGAGAAAUCCAUUUCUUGUACCUCCAAUUCUUCCCGUUCAUCUCUUGAUGUGAAACGUUUGCACACCUUCGCCAAAUCUCUUCGCAACGCAGUGUCUCCUUGGACCGCAGUUGAACACGUCAAUGUUUCAGGAUACAUUGAGAUCCCUACACCUAAGAAGCGCAACACGGAACGGAAAGAGAGUGAUAUAUCGCUUCCUGAUGAUCCCGCGACCAUAGGAUGGCAAUCGGCGCGCAUGGGAAGUAAACUGCGGAAGUUCUCUUGAGAUAUUAUAACCAAGAGCGAGUAGAGAGAUAUCGUUGUUGUGCGUGUACCUUAGCGAAGAUACAGUGGGCGCGAGAUGAAGCAAACAUGCCGCAGAAGAUGGUCCUAUAAGGAAAAAGAGCAGAACGGAGGGAGAGGCCGCCAUAGGCGAAAGUUUUUACGGAAACCCAUGACUCUAACAGCACAACACUUCUGGAGUCUUGCACCUUAAACGGAGCACCUAUCAAAUUCAUAUAGUCGUGUCAGUUUAUGCAAUGUGAAGGCUAAGAUAUACUCUUAGUCAUUUUUCUGUCCAUUCCAAAUGCAAUGACAUGUGUCUUUGGAC